AAAUCGAAGCCAAAUGUUUAUCUUUCCCAUGAAAUUUCUAAUAAGAGAAAUGCUUGGGCAAUCACACCAAUAUUGAUUGAUAUUCUAAAUCAAUUAAUUAAACCUCAGAUAAAAUGGUUUGUUGUAUGUGAAGCUAAUAGUAUCGUGAACCUGAAAAAGUUGCUGUCAAGCUUGGAAAAUGAAAAUGAAUUAAUUGAAGGUUAUUAUGGAUUUCCACUCUACGAUCGUGAUGCAACAAUUAUCCAUCACUUUGCUUUCUUCCACAAUCCAUCAAUAUUUCAUUUUCCUUUCUUGAAAGCAGGUGUUGCAUUUUCUAUUCCACUUCUUCACAGACUUGUCGACCGUUUAUUGCCAUCAGCAACGCCACCAUUUAAAGCACCAACGGAAUUUUCUAUCGAUGCUUCUCACGAACUUGCUUUGUUCAUAUGGAACAUAGAUAAGAAUCUGAAUCUAAAGACUGUGCCUUAUUUCUGCAGCCAUUACGGAUCUGAAUGUGCCAUUUACGCGAGGGACGAAAACAUUUUCUGUGGCAAUCCCAUUAGUCUUGAUAAAGUUUUAUUUGCUGUAAAAACUUGCGAAAAGUAUCAUAAAGAACGGUUGCCGAUAAUACUUGGUACUUGGGCACAAUUUACGAUUCAUUUGAGAGUCUUCAGCGAUGUGCGAGAUGAUGCGAUACCAACGGUGUCGACUAAUGUUCCAAACUAUGAGCGAGGACAUUGUGAAAAAAGUCUGAAGAUUUUGGGGAUGGUCUUGGAUGAGAUAACGAAAAAUACGACAUUGAAGAAUGUUGAGUGGAUUGUCAUGACUGAUGAUGAUACACUUUUAAGCACAUCAUCGCUUACCGAGUACCUUGGAUGCUUCAAUAAGAAUGAAUACAUUUAUUUAGGAGAACGUUAUGGUUUCGAUUUAUUUUCUGAAGAUAACGGUUACAAUUACAUCACAGGAGGGGGUGGAAUUGUAUUUAAUUUGAAGACUGUUAGGAAAAUAGUUGAAUCAUGUUCUUGUCCAAGUCCAUCAUCACCAGAUGAUAUGAUUAUCGCAGCAUGUCUUAAACAACUUGGAAUCGAGCCUAUACACUCAACACUUUUUCAUCAAGCAAGACCGAAAGAUUAUCCUUCGAUUGUUCUGAACAAAAACUCAAUAUCCUUCCACAAGUUUUGGCAAAUUGAUCCAAUAGAAGAAUAUGAUAAGCGAUUCAAAAGAAAAGAUAAAGAAUAUUAUGUAAUAGAUAGAAAUUUAAUUUCUGAUUAUAAUUUUCUCAAGCAAGAUUGUAUUUCGGAACAAAACCAUGAAGAAAAUGUAAUGAAAAAAGAAGAAUUUAAUCGUAUCGAAUUAUGAUGUAAAAUUCUCAUUAUUUGUUAAAUACUUUUUAUAUAAUUAAUAAAUG